UGCGCCUCCUCAGCCCUCAUUCAAAACAGAACACAGCUGUUGGAGGCGCAUCGUCGUGUCCUGAACGUUAGCCUAAAAACUGUUAGCUGUCUGCUCCCGUCUCCUGCUGGUUUCUCAUGUACCCGCUGGAAUACCGGAGGAAGAAAGAAGAAAACGGCGCACUUUGACAGCAGAAACCAGCCUCAGAGGAAGACGGGACUCGAUAGACAAAGACAGCGACACAGAAAAAAAGGCGAAACCUCACCUCCAACACUAUGUGCAUCUGACACACAACUGAGGGCCGGGCGGGCUUUGCUGCAGCUGAGGAUGAUGAAUGGUCUCGUGCGCUAGAGCUGGAUGGUGUGGGAAUGAUGGACCUCCCUAAUGGCCAAUCAAGCAUCACCACCACCGCUGCAACCGUCUCUGAGAAGAGCAGCAGCUCAGAGUCUCUCAGCGACAAGGGUUCUUCGGACCUGAAGAAGAGUUUUGACGCCGUUGUGUUCGAUGUGCUGAAGGUCACUCCUGAAGAAUAUGCAGGCCAGAUUACGCUCAUGGACGCUCCUGUGUUCAAAGCCAUCCAGCCAGAGGAGCUGUCAAGCUGCGGCUGGAACAAAAAGGAGAAGCACAGCUCUGCUCCCAAUGUUGUGGCCUUCACUCGCAGGUUCAACCAGACGAGUUUCUGGGUGGUACGAGAGAUCCUCCAUUCACAGACGUUGAAGAUCAGAGCAGAGGUGCUGAGUCUGUACAUUCGCACUGCCAAGAAACUGUGCGACAUGAACAACCUCCACGCGGUCAUGGCUGUGGUGUCAGCGUUACAAAGUGCCCCCAUCUUCAGGCUUACCAAAACAUGGGCGUUAUUGAAUCGGAAGGACAAGGCAACAUUUGACCGCCUUGACUAUCUGAUGUCCAAAGAAGACAACUACAAACGUCUGAGAGACUUCAUAAGCAGCCAGAGCAUGGUCUCCUGUAUACCAUACCUAGGGAUGUACCUGUCGGAUCUGACGUAUAUAGACUCUGCCUAUCCCUCCACCGGCAGCAUACUGGAGAACGAACAGAGAUCGAACCUGAUGAACAACAUUCUCAGAAUCAUAUCGGACCUGCAGAGAUCAUGUACAUACGGCUUCACUGGGCUCCUGUGCUGGGCUUCCUGCUCUGAUCCUCCAGACAGACACAAUCUGCACACCACCUUCUCGGCAGAGUCAGAGGAGCUCGCAGUUCACUUGUAUCCCGGAGCGGUCACUGUGCAGGGGGUGCUGAGACGGAAGACUGUGCUGAAGGAGGGCAAAAAACCGACGGUGGCGUCAUGGACCAAAUACUGGGUCGCUCUUUGCGGAACCCAGCUUUACUAUUACCCUGCCAAGUCCCUAAAGGCCACUGAGAGAAAACAUUUCAAGUCGACAUCCAGUAAGUGCGUGUGUGUGGUGGGUCUAAUGGCCAUGAUGGCCGACGAUCCCGAACAUCCUGAUGUCUUCUUGCUGACGGACUCGGAGCACGGUAACACCUACAAGUACCAAGCAGGGAACAAAGCAAACGCUUCGCUCUGGUUCAAACAUCUGAGUGCUGCCUGUCAGAGCAAUAGGCAACAGGUGCCAGCCAAUCUGAUGUCAUUCGAGUGAGCGAUGCUGAGGAGAGUGACUGAGCAAAAGGAGAGAGGGAUGAGGAAACGGAUGAUGAGGAUGAGGAUGAGGAGGAGUUUUGACUCAGUCGUGGGAGCUUUCACUGCCAAGAGCCCUGACCGCCGAUUCUCCGAUUCUAGCCCCGGCCUCACUGCAGCCUCACCUGCCACCACUGCCUUAACCAGAGUACCCUGUGUGUGUGUGUGUGUGUGUGUGUGUGUGUGUGUGCGUGCGUGCGUGCGUGCGUGCGUGCGUGCGUGCGUGCGUGCGUGCGUGUGUGUGUAAGUGACUGUUUUGGGUGUACCAACUACUGAACAAGGACCUGCACCACUCUUGCUCUUGUCUCCCAUUUGCUCUCUUUUGUUUUUACUCUUCAGCACUUCAGUGGAGCCACUUCUCCUCUCCUCUCUCACAGACUGUCCUCGGAUGGACAGAAAUAAUCCUUUCCUAUGUUAUUCCUUUCCUUUUUUAAGGGGUUAACUAUUUUUUAUUGUGUCCCCCGCCAAGCUCGAAUGCAAUUUUGAAUCGGCCGGACACACAAUCAUAGCACGCACACUCACAUCGGACUAACCCAUCGGACUUUUGAGGGUUUGAAAACACUUUUUUUUAACUUACUCAAUUCACACUUUAAACUGUUCUCUUUAUUCACUUGUGUUGGAGUCACAUGCUGAUUUACACGAGCCUCACACACUCUCACACACACACAGGCCUAUUUGAUUGCAUCGUCGUAAACGUAAGGGCUCUGAUUCGCAAUCGAUUCCAGCAGAAACAACUCCCACACUUCCUGAAUGUGUCUAGUUUUUAUUACAGCUACCCUUUUUUCCCCCUCACAUACUCGCUAAGUGUUCUGUGUGUGUGCGUGUUUGUAUAAACUGCAUCGGGUGAGGAGGGAUGAGGGUAAAAUAUGUGCUUAAACGACAGAAAUCUCGCGUGUUCCACAGAGGUACGAUCAUCCCAGAAUCUAAGCUAAAACAUUCACAGUUGGAAAGUUAAACCUUUUAUUUUACAAACCUUUUUGAUUUCUCCAGUGUUGUCUGCUCUCUUGUCGGCUGACUCUCGGUUCAUCAGACUCACACACACACUAAACACUAAAGACUUGAAACUGUGAAAGAGUCCAGGAGAGAGAGAGCAGCGAGAACUCAUUAUACAUGAUUUUAUCUCCUCUUCUUCUCGUUGCUUAAUAUGGUCAGAGCCUCUGGUCUGGAGCAGACAUUCAAAGCUACCUGGAGCCAUACAGUCUACUUUAAAUCUUGUUUUGUUUAUGUUGUUUUGUGUUAGUUUUUUCUUUUUUUGGGGGGGAGGGAUGGUGCAGUUCACAGUAUUACCGUGUAGUAGAUGAUCGCACGUCAACAUAGUUUUGUCUGUUACAUUUGAAUGUUACAUGUUUGUGUUUUUUCUCCCCUUUUGGAGCAGUUACUUUGAAUAUUUUAUGUACAUGUGAAUUUAAUUUUUCAUUUUUUUGCCCCUUAUUCUGUUAACCCAGAACCCAGCUCAAUCUCACACUGUGUUACAUCUGAUUUGCAAUAGUGUAAGCACCUUGGUUGUAAUUAGUGCCAAGUGAUGUAACGUCGCUGUUUUCUUCGUGAGGACAAACAGAGCUGCAGUUAAAUCAGAUAUAGUGUCGGUACUGGCAUGUUUCAGCGGGAAAAACUUUGGAUUUACAGUUUUUUUUUUAACUGUGCAUCACACAUUUCAUGGUGCCACGAAUAGAUGAUUUCUGUUUGUUUUUGUUGGCGGCAAAUUGCAUCCAAAUGAACAAACGCGAUCAGAAUGACAGAGAAGAUGACAAUGAUGGGAAGCUUUUCACCCAGUAAUAUUCAUCAAAUUCUAAUCUCUUUUUUUUUGUAAAACAGAUGUUUACAUUGUAUGUUUACACAAUCUUUUGCCCAAAAUCACAAUCCCAUCAGUGCUCCACAUGUACUGUAUGAAUUCUAGUAUUACAGUUUAUAGAAACAAACCUCCUGCCUAUCAGUGGGGUAUAUGAAAGGGUAACUUUGGUAUUUUUUAAAAUUUAGACUCUAUUUUCCCAUGUUUUUGUGUCUAAGUGACAACAGUUUUUGAAAUUGGUCCUGUUUUAAAUGAGUGAAACAGGCUGCAAUGUAACCACUUUAGGCAAUAAGCAUUGUCAAUUUACGUCCACUAAAAGUGUUUUUGCCACGGACAGGGGGAGAUUAUUCUAAGUGACUAACAACGUUAUAGAGAUAGACUUAAUUUGCCAAAAUUAAGAUCCCUUUUGUUUAAUCAGAAACAGCUGUGAAAUCUCUAUCACCAAACCCAUCAGACUCCAUUUAAAUAAUUAGUCAUUUUAGUGUGUGUAGAGCCGGCAUAUUUUCAAAUCUAACGAGGUGAAUUAUGGGUUAUUCAAACCAAUUUCAGUUGGUGAUAAUUGAAUAAAGUGGAAAUAUGAACCAUUUUUGCAUGCUUUAUUUUGUUUCUGUGGACUUUAAAGUGUGUUUUACAAUGUUAAAUUAUUUUCUAUUUAAGAGUCUGGUAUGUUUAAUGAUAGUUUAUUAAUAGUGAUUUCAGAUAUGUUUCUACUUAAACUAAAAGGAUCUUAUUGAUUCAAUUUGAUUUUUAUUUGGAAUUUAACAGCACAACUCUCACAAGUAUGAUGACAUUAAAAAAAAUCCUAUAGUAUAGCACUUAAGAGCAUUACUAAAAACACUUAUUUCCAAAGUGGUCCUUUAUCAUUGCAAACAAACAGAUUACACUGUAAACUCUGCAACUCCAUGCAGGCACUCUUUAACAAAAGAUCUAUCUGGGAUCGUUUCCAUAAUGUUUCCAGACACUUCCUGUAAGCACUUUCAGUGGAUGUAAGUUGACGGUGUAUAUUGCCCAGAGUGUUUACAUUGCAGCCUGUUGCAUUGCUGCCAGCUUCAGCACUCAGCACAGGUACAGUUUCAACAAAUAAAGUUCCCAUUAGACACAAACACAUGGAAAAAGAGAGUCCAGGGUCAAGAAUACCCAAGUUACCCUUCAAGCUCAAAGUUAGUUUCCGGUUGUUGAUAGGAGGUGAUGGGAUGCGGAGGUGAACAUAUCCACUGGAUCCCCUCUACUGUGCUUCACUCAGUCUUCUCUGGGAGAAUAUCCAGCCCAUAAAAGCACACUGAUACAUUUAAACUCUCCUCAACACAACAAUUCAACUUUUUAGCUCAGAUGACCAACAAACUGAGACAGUAUAGUGCCCGUAAAGAGAUGUUCAGUCCUCUCUAUAUUAACUGCAGGAGUGGUGAGGGUGGAUGAACCUGUGGAGGAAUGAAUGAGGAAGCCAAAGACAGGCAUAUGUACUAUGUGAAUGCAUGUGUGCGCCUGUGCAUACUUAUCUAUUUUUCUAAAAAAAUCAAGCCAGGUAGGUAAUCCCUGGAGGCUGUCGUCACUGCUGUGGGAGUGAGUGUGACCGCUUAUCUAAUCGUUUGUGUGACUGACUGCCAGCUCAUGCCACACAGCUCCACACAGGACGAGCUUUUUUUUGCUGUUUUGAAGUGACAGAUCCCAGAGCUGAAGCACUAUGGAGGCUGAUUGAUGCUGGUGUUUGAAUCUGAUUGGUUGGCUGCGGGGAGAGAGAGAGUGAAAUGGGUGAUAGAGUUUGGGGUUUGGAAACUUUACCUGUCUAUAUCUGCAGGCGGUGGUGCUUAACCUGCUGUCAUUUGCAAGAUAUUGAUAAAUUGGUGCAGCGAUAAACUCUAGAAAAUAAAGGACUGUGAACAGAAGGAGCUGGGAUGUAAACAAACCCAGUGUAGGCAGUCAUCCCCAUCACAUUUCUCUUCUUUUUGCUUAAUUAAUUUAGAUCUAACUGAUAUAGAUUCCUGCGUUACACGUUUUAUAGCUUAAUGGGACCUUUUACAUGCAUCUUGGAAGGUUUUUUCAAAUCAAUAUGGGUUCAACGGUCUUUCCCUGGAGAAUUACCCAGAUCAUGUUGAGCGCUUUCUGUGAGGUUUUUCCUCACUUUAACCUGAGUUUACACUUUUUUUUUUAAUCAUUUCUGUACAGCGUAUGGUCAAAAUAACGGAAACACGUCUUUCAUUUCGGGAUGUUUUGUGGUUUUAGCCGACUCAUUUCUUGGUCUUCAAGGCCAAUCACUGCUAAUAUAAUGACCACCACAAUCAUCUAUUUGUGGAAAAUUCAAGGCACUCAUUUAAGAUAAUUUUUGGGUUAUUACGAAGAAACUUGACGCUUGAAAAUGUCUGUGCUGAGCUCGUGUUGUUUCCUUUAAAUUGACCAUACUGUCUACAAAUACACAACUUGCCCUGUAUUAACUGUUUUGAGUGAAUCUGCCUUCUCAUUUUUUUUUAAUGGUCAUGAAAAAUGUUUAACAGUUUGAGAUGAAGGUUUCGGCGCAGUUACACGAUGCGUCCUCUGAUUUUGGUGGAAGAGAGGAAUCAAUGUGAAUCUGGACAGGCAUCAUUCACUGUUUACUAAGGACGACCUUCAACGACCUUCUUUCCAGUCACUGAAGGGUGACGAGGGUGGUGUAUAGAUGACCUUCACCCUUUACCUGGCUCUCUGCGUGUGUCUGUCUCUGUCUGCCCGUGACGUGAGUGUGGCGAGCGCUGUGACCUCACUGCUGAGUGAUGCGCUGCCCGGUGUGAAGACUGAGAAACAAUAAACACUCUGCCCUUUUUUACUCCACA